CUAGUUAGGUGCUUCAGUUUUAAUUUCAUUGUUUUCUUUGAUGAUUGUGGUAGAUUUAUAGAUUUUUGUUGAUUUUUUUUUUGGUAAGUUGUUACAUUUAUUGUUGAAAUCAAGAUGUACAGUGGAAUUUCAGUGUGAUUCAUGUGACUUGAAUUGGGAGAUUUUUCUUAUUAGUUUAACCUAGAGGUUGAUUUUCAAUUUGGAUUAUCAUUACAGUAUAAUACAUGAUUAGUAUUUUAAUCAAUUAAUUAAUCAACUAAGUGAUUCCGGAUUUUUUUGAAAACAGUAGUUUUGUUGAUUCAAAUUGCAAUCGCCGAUGCGGUUGCUUUUGAAGGUGUUGUGAUUGCGGUCAUUGUAUUUGCUGCGAUUACCGCAACGGCCUAAAUUUGGAUUGGGAGGUGUUUGAAAUACAUUGUUAAAAAAUACUUAAUGUUGAGGUUUUUUGUUAUAGCAUAAUAUAAGUAAAUUGAGUUGAGAUUAUGAAGUUUUUAGUGUUUAUGAAAAUACUUGAAGAAACAUAGAAGAUACUACACCGCCAUUGCAGUUUGAUACGGUUGCGGAAGUUACCAGAUCAGCAAUAUUGUAGUUGCAAUUGUGGUUGCGGACGACAGUUUAAAAUCAUGUUAAUGAAUUUAGAGGGGUUUUUGAAUAGAUCAAGGCUUAGUGUGUAAAUUAACUACAAAAUCCAUGGAUAAAGAUGGUAGGGGUGAAGAGAAUGUUGGUUUGAGAAAAGGGGUGGAAUUGGGAAGAGACGUUUCUGCUAAGCAUUUUGAUCUUUUAAGACCCUUUGCUCGGAGUAAUUCAAGAGGACAAGCAGUGGAUGCAAUGGUUCAUGGAAAGGGAAAGUAUGGCUUAAUUAGAGAUCCCGAGGACUUCCAGACAGGAAUUUAUGAUAAGCCCCUCCCAUGUUUUGGAUGCGGAAUUGGAUGGUUCUCAUUUCUUUUUGGAUUUCUUUGCCCUCCUAUGUGGUUCUAUGCAACAUUUCUUUAUUUUGGCAAUUAUUAUCGGAAGGACCCUAGGGAACGGGCCGGGCUAGGAGCCUCUGCAAUUGCUGCAUUGGUGUGUACUGUUGGGGUGCUGAUAAUUGCAGCAAUCCUUCUGUUAAAAAAAUCACCGUCUCUCUAUUUAUAAUGCAAAUGCAAAGGUGGAUAUUCAGAAGCAAAGAACAUUUGAAAACAAUUCUGGCGGCAUAUCAAAAACAAUUGAACAUACGUAUAUAACAACUUCAAUAUAUGUAAAAAAAAGGUUGAGUUUUGUUUGUGAAGGUAAUCCAGCUCAAGAAAUGUCUUUUACAGAAGUUGAGAGAAAAUGAUACAUUGUAUCCCUUCUUAUUUGAUGAUUUUUCUGAAUUGAUGUAUACUGACAAUAAAUCUUAUGGUGUGUACAUGAAUCUCCCAAAGUUACUAUUAUUUUAAUAACAGGUGAAACAUUGAAGUA